AUGCAUUUUCUCAAAUUUAUUUAUUGUAAUAAGUUUGAUACUGUGAGGUCACUUUUUCCUGAUGAAUUGGAUUCUGGAGAAUAUAAGUUUAAAGCUGCAAAAUACAAAGACUAUUUUUCUAAAUCAGAAUAUACCAAUAUUGAUAAAAUUAAUGGUUGUUUCUUAUGGUUGCUUAAAAUAAUUUUUGAGAAUAGUAAUAAUUUUUCGGGAGGUGCAAAUGAAAAUAUUAUUAUUGUUACAUAUAUUUUUUCGUGGUUAAGUUAUAAGUUAAAUCAAAAAACAGAAAAUGGAAUCACUAAAUUAAACGAGUUUUAUAGUAAGUAUAUAGAAAAUGUUCAGGAGUAUAAAGGGUCUAUAGAAAAGAAUACGCAAUAUAAAACUUAUAUUGAGGUUAUAAAUAAAAAUAAGAAGCUUAUGGAUAUUGAUAUUAGUGUUAUGUCUAAAUUUUAUGAUGUAUUUAAAAAUUUGUGUAAAAUGUAUGAUGACCUUUCAAAAGCGAAUAAUAAUAGCCAGGAAUAUUUAAAAUAUGUUAAUAUUUUUGUUGAUAAUUAUAAAGCUCUUAUUAAUGAAAAUUUUAAUGAUACAAACAAUAAUUUAUUUAGUCAUGUAUUGUCUGUUUUAUUAAACGAUUAUAAUUAUAUAAAAAGUAAUUUAUAUAAUGAAUCUGUAAAGAAACAAUUUCCAGAACUUACAAAGGAAAAAACAAAAGCACAAGCCCCUGGAUCAAGUUUUAAAGGAACACAAAUGGAUGAUUCUUCGGGUAAAAUGCCAGUAUCAAUUUCUCAAACUGAAGAAUCAAUUUCUCAAACUAAAGUAUCAGAUUCUGAAACAACACUAUUUAGUUCAUUGACAAUAAACAACCUAAUUCCAAUUCCACUCAUAUUGGUUGCAACAUUAAUUUUAUUAGGAAUUUCCUAUAAGUAUUCGUUAUUUGGAUUUCGGAAACGAUCACAAAAACAAUAUUUAAGAGAAAAGCUAAAAAAAUAA